UGAAAUUAGUACUAAUUAGGAUUCAAUUUUGAGGAAAGAGAAAGUAAAGUGUGAGAGAGAGAGAGAAUAUUAGAUAUGUCAGGUGAACACAGGAGCGGAAUAUUGACUGUACUUCUACUGCUUGCGUCGCAGUUGCAGGUACUCCUGGUCGGAGGUGAUUACAUCCCGCCGGCUAAACCAGACGGUUUCGUUUACAAGAAUCUUCACUUCAAUCACGAUGCCAUUCAGAUUGAAGCUUUCUACGAUCCUCUGUGCCCUUACAGCGCUGAAUCAUGGCCUUAUCUCCAAACGGCUCUCGAUCACUACGCCGGCCGUGUUUCCCUCGUUGUUCAUCUUCUCCCUUUACCAUACCAUGACAAUGCUUAUGUUGCGUCUCGUGCUUUGCACAUAGUGAAUGGUUUGGAUAGAUCUGCUACAUUUCCGGUGCUGAAGUCGUUCUUCAAGCAUCAGGAGAAAUUCUUAAGUGCUCCAACACGGAACUUAUCUAGAGCCUCAAUUGUAGAUGAAAUAGUGAAGUUUGUAACAUCUGUAAUUGGGACUGCUUCUGAGACUUCUGUUAAGAAUGGCUUCAAUGACACAAACACAGAUCUCCUCACCAGGGUUUCCUUUAAGUAUGCUGCAUCGAGAGGGGUGUCUGGAACGCCUACUUUCUAUGUCAAUGGAUUCGUGUUACCUACAGAAAAUACUCUUAACUCCAGCGAUUGGAAGAACGUUAUUGACCCAUUGAUUGGUGCGAAGAAAAGCUUGUAAAAUGAAGAAUCCCUUCACUACAUGCUUGCAGAUUUAUGAAGUUCAGUUGUAUUAGCACUUCGUUAGUGAAAGAAUAAAGAAUCUAAAUACUGUAUCUUCAUAUCAAUAGCUGUGAAUGGAAUCAAAGUUAUAAAUAAUUAAAUAUACUUCUGUGUUGUACA